AAAAAUUGAAAUCAAUUGAAAUUAUCGAAAAGAAUUCGAAUUUCAUAACUUUUAAUUCUUUUCAAUCAAUAUUUUUAAACAGGGUUAUCAUUAUUUCGAUAAAUUUCUUUUAGAAAAAAAAAUUUGUGAAAAAUAAGACCUAAAAUUGAUAUCAGCAAAAACUUUAUAAUCCUAAGAAAAAUAUCCUAAUAUGCCAAAUCUGAUUCGAUUCAAAAAUUCAUUUAGAUCUCAUGUUGCAACUAAUCAGAUAUAUAAUUGCCUUAAUGUAAUAUCCAUGGUUAUUUUUACGUAAGCAUAGGAAUAAUUACUAUGUCCGGAUAUUUUUUUUUACUUAGUAAAACUUUUUAUAUAAAUUCCAUGUUUCUUAAACAAUAAGUGUACCCAUUUUCAUAAUAACUAAGUCUUAACUUUAUUUAGUUAAGAUUACGUAGAGUAUAUCUAACAUUUACAUAACGGUCACAGUUAUGAAAUUAAUAUAAUACUUUCUAUCGUGACAAAUUAAUGACGAAUUCAUAUAUCAAUCUGGUUCAUCUCUAAAUGAAUGCGUCUAGUUUAUCUGAUAGGUAAUUUGAUACCUUAUCUGUAGGUGAGAAUGUCUACAUAUGAUAGUUCAUUUUAUAAACCCAAUAUUUAACCAAAAAUCGUUUAUAAGAUAAAUUUUAAUGGUUUUCUUUAGUUUUCAAAAAGAACACUGCAUUCUACUUUAGUCUUAAUUUCGAGAACAAACAAUUUAUAUCAGUUUUCGAAUGAUAUAAAUAAUCAUUACUUUAACUAGUAUUCUAUAUUUCGUUAAAACUGAAGUAGUUAUUUUGUCUUUGACUAACGCUGUAUUAAAAUUAUUGUGAAAAUGGUGUUUUUAUAUUUAUUGCUGGUAUUCAUUGCGAUUAAUGCCGGUACAGUAAGUGAAGCGAAUCGUUUUUCAGAUUGUGGUGACUUUUAUAAUUUUUACACGGCACGAAAUUUAACUGUGCUGGAAUGUAAACUCGUUGAAAUUCGCGUUAUCGCAAAGUACUCAACAAGAUACAAUCAUUGGCCAAUUGCUAUAGAAGCACCUAAUGAACCAUUCAUUUAUUUGAACCUCCGUAAAAUUGAUGGUUUGACGAAUAAAAACACUCCUAUUUAUUUCGGCAAUAACAACGGCACAACUGAUUGCGCAACUACUUAUGAAAAAUCUACUUUGAAAGCUGCACUUUCUAGUUUUAAUCACAUUUUCAUGUUUCAAGAUUAUGAUAGUAAAGCUGCAAUAACAAUAUUUUCCGAUGAUUAUGAUAAUUAUAAGAUGGAGGGGUUCAUCGGCAAUUAUAUUUUACGACAAACAGAUGACAGAAAAUAUAUCCUCUUGAAAGUUACGUUUCCUCUAAGUGAAGUUCAAAAGAAUGAAUAUACAAAAUAUAAAAAAAAUGAUCGAUUUUCAACGUGUAAUUUAAGUUCAUCUAUCGAUGCUAUAGAUAUCAAAAUUUUGGUCGCUCUAGACUGGCCUUCAAUUAACCGAGAAUCAGUAUCGCAAUCAUUACAAAACUUAUUAGUCUACUAUAAUGCAGUUAACAUGUUGUUUCGACCGUUUACAUCACCAAAAAUUAAACUGAUUCUUUCAGGUGUCAUAAUUCCAAAUAAUGAAUUUUCAUCCCCUUACUUUUCUAAGAAUCAAUUUAGAAGGUCAAAUAAUAGUUAUAUCAAUUUCAAUGCCAUCAAUGAAAAUAUGAGAAAAUAUUUUUUAAAGGAACAAGCAAAAGUAUUUCCGAAUGAUUCAUUUGACAUUAUUAUCGGAAUGACUAACCUACCAUUUUGUGAUGCAUACUACAAUUGUCAAUAUUAUGGUGUGUCGGACCAAAGUGUAAUCUAUAAUAGUAACUCUCGCAAAAAUGAGCCAGCACGUAUAGUAGGUGUAGUACGACAUCCCCAUUUCCAAGGUAGUUAUGCUGUUGUUGCGCGUGAAAUCGCUCAUAUCUUAGGAAGUUCUUACAAUACACCGUAUUAUGCUUUCGAUAAAUGCAAUGGAAUUACGAACAAAUUUGUGAGACCCGACGAAUGGCCGCUAGAAUGGUCAAGGUGCAAUAUUGAUGACAUGUCUAUUUACUUAAGCCUCAACCAAUCAUCUGGAUUUUACAAAAGGAAUUAAACAUUAUGGCAAUACAUGUGGUAUAGUAAUUAAAACAAUCAAACGAAACACCUUUUAUAAUUAUGAAAAUAACGAAACGAUAAAUUUUUUUAAUAAAAUAAUUGUAUUUUUUCUUAGCAUUACAUUUUUAUCCAAAAAUAUAUAUAUAUUCAC